AAAUUGAAAAACAGUGGGGGAAAAAGUCUCGGUUUCAGUCUAGAAGUCAUACUUCUCCAGUUCACUACCGGCGAACACACAGCGCAUUUUCUUUUUAUCUUUAUAUUAUUUAACUAAAAAAUCACACAAAAUGGAUGAUUUACCACCAGAACAAAUUGCAGUUCUUAAAAAAGCAUUUGAUGCGUUCGACCGUGAAAGAUCCGGUAGUAUACCAACAGAUAUGGUUGCCGAUAUCCUGAGACUUAUGGGUCAGCCAUUCAACAAGAAAAUCCUCGAUGAACUUAUUGAGGAAGUUGACGCAGACAAAUCUGGACGUUUGGAAUUUGAAGAAUUCAUUACAUUAGCCGCCAAAUUCAUUGUUGAAGAAGACGACGAAGCCAUGCAAAAAGAACUUCGAGAAGCAUUCAGGCUGUACGAUAAAGAAGGUAAUGGUUAUAUCCCUACAUCUUGUCUGAAAGAAAUUCUUAGAGAACUUGACGAUCAACUAACCAAUGAAGAAUUGGACAUGAUGAUUGACGAAAUCGAUUCUGACGGUUCAGGAACUGUAGAUUUUGAUGAAUUUAUGGAAAUGAUGACUGGAGAAUAAAUAAACCACAAACCGCCCGGAGUCAUUCCAGAAAUGGAUUUGUCUGUCAUACCGUUGAAAACAUGUUAUUUAUACUGUAUAAACCUUCACACUUUUUUUGUAUAAAUUAAACAGCAUUAUAGACAAUUUAACACAACAAUUAUUUUUGAAAAUAAACAUAAGGAAUACA